UGUGUGUGUGUGUGUAUUUGAUUUUACCUGUUGUAUUGGCAAAAAUCACAUAUCAUAAAGUAGUUGGUGGUUUUAGGUGUGCGUAACAAGCCUGACCUGUCAGUCAGUGAUAUGUAGGGCCAGUGACGUAGUGUUCUAUGACGUAGUGCUGAGUUGCCAGUUUAGAUGCUUACCGGUAGGUCAUCAAUAGUAGUAUCUGGUGACAGCAGCGAUUAGGAAUAAUUAGUUAGCCUGCUUGCUUUAUAAUCAGUCGAGACCCAAGUUAGUAAACACAUACACUAGUUAGCUCCGUUGUAGAUUGUAUAUAGUUCCCAGAAUAUUGUACUAGGCCAUUAUGCGAUAUCUCGACCCGCUACUCUGUAGUAGCCAAGCACAAUACAACAACCAGUACAAUCGUGAACUGUGUCUUCUAUCUCUCUCGAGUGGUAUCGUUAUUUAAGCAAAUAAGAUCGACGUAGACACGAAAGUACAUCCGAAAGGUUGCAUGUGCACGCGCACCUUACAUGGCGAUGUCAACCCUGCAGCUGCGUUUAGGCGUUUGGAGAUGUCCACGGCCAGUUUCGGCAGUCAAAUGUACGUCGUCUUCAACAGCAACCCUAUGACUGAGCAGAGAUCAGAUUUCAACCUCACCUUCACUACAAGGGACCAAAACGAUGUACCAGAGUUCAAUGAAGAAACUUUCGUCCCACAAACGGCACCAACUUUUAACCAGACCACAGUAGAGGAGUUCGUGAAACUGGACCUUUACUUCAGUUUGGCAGAAUGGGUUCGCUUUCGAUUCUGCUACAGCUACAGCAGAUCCGGUGAUUUCCUACAGGUGUACGCCGCCAUCCAGGACUACACCUUACCGACUUCUAACGUGGAGUCAGACAUCCCCUAUAGCUGUACUUAUUUAUUCGAACGGAGUAUGCUGCUCUCGGACAGCUGAUAGUACCGGGU